CUACGAAGUACACAAAGUUAUAAGAUGGACUCUACCAUUAAGCAAAUAGUAAAGCCGCUAACGGCAGAAGGGAGUCUUCCAACCGUCACGUUAGAAUCAUCCGCUCCGGUAACGGAAAGCAUUAACGUCGCAAAACGAUACGCAGAUCGUGCGGAUAACCUGUACUUCCUGUUCAUUCCACUGGCCGUCUUGGUCACCAUCAUGUUAUUAUCCGUUGUGGUUUACUUAAUGGCUAGACGUCGCCAUAAGAUUUUGUCCAAGUACAGCUAUGUUCCAAGUUUUAGUUUUGAAUCGUCUGACCUCGACGAUGAACGAGAGGACCGUGAGACAGAUCAUUUACUGAAAGGGAGCAAACUUCGGCUCGAAGAGUCACCUUUAGAGAGCCCAACCAGUGCAAAUCGUUCCACUGGCAUGUAUGGAGGUAGCCGUGAGCUGUUUGCCUAAUACAAUUAGGAAUUGUCCCACUUUAUCGCGACCAUUGGCUCAGUAGGUCAACGCGUGAAGAAGUUAACAACUUAACAGAAAUGGUUUGUGAUACUUAAAGCAAUAGGGAACCAUGCAAUUUCAACGAACCAAAGAUACUACUACGGCACUAACGAACGAGGCAGGGUUUCAGGCCGUUUGCUAUCAAACGUUCAACGAACGGUUCGAAAUGGUAUCCCGGAGGAGU